CGUCAACGCUAACUUCAUCUUUUCAUCUUUAAACCCUCUUCUUGUCUUUCAGUUUUGUGGGAGACAAUCCUCCGGGAUUUAUCUCAAGAUUCUAGUCAAUUUGUUAUCUGUAUUUCGACUUAUCAAGAGAAUAUCUCUGUUGCCACACUCUUAAACGCCCGUAUUUGCGGAGUUCUUGCUGCUCUGAAUCUCUAAUUACAUCUUCGAAACUACAAUUGUUCAUGACAUAUAUCUUCUCUUUCGAUCUUGCGCAAGAGAAUACCUCUAUUGGCUCUUUUUGCGUGUUGUUUUCAAACCACAUAAUUAAUUUCAUUUCUGUUUCAACAUCACAUUCAUUUAAGUUAGAACCUGCCUUCAGAGGCUACAACUCUACCUGAGAGCUGGUAACAGCCACCAGGCAGCCCUUCUUCCAUUACUCCUGGCAAAUCUUCCAUUUUAAAGUCAACUGAUACCUCCCAGUUCCAAGAAUAUACCUAUCAAGAUAUAUAUAUCAUUUGGUCCCAAUGACGUCGGAGCCAUCAGCGUUGGGGAUUCCAGCCCCUCACCCUGACCCUAACCCGCACCCUGGAAAUGGAUCCCCAGAGGACAAGGUUCGCAAGUUUAUUACAGAACUCCUGGAUUCGCUCAUAGAUGGCCUAACGAGAGCUGACGGAUGCCCGUCAAUCACUCUAAGACGGCGCUCAAAUCAUGCCCAAUUCUCGGUAAAUCCGGAAACAUGCGCUUUACAAUGUGACACUGCUGACCUUUCCUGCACCUAUUCAUGGCCAGGGAAAACCGUGUUAGAAGGUUGGCGUUUCGCGGUCCUGUUGCGAAUCCUUGGACAUAUAUCAGAGGCCAUUCGGGGUGAUUUCGUUAGCUCGAAGCGGGAUAUCUACUAUCUUGAUCCUGUUUACUUUGGAUCCCAGAGUGUAGUAGACCGAUGCAUUGACGACAUUGCCUGUACGAUUGGUGUCGAUAGGACAGCGUUGCACGUGGCAGCAGCAGCCAAAGGACUUCUUGUGGGAAGCUUCAACAUCACACUUAACGAUGACUCCGUGGUAGACCCGGGCGUUCAUUCUGAGGGCAUGCUCGUUCCUCGGGCUGAAACGGUCAGGAACUUCGACAUCUCAGCUGUUCGAUGGAUUCUGGUUAUCGAGAAAGAGGCGACAUUCCACAGGUUGGCAACUGCUAACUACCACAAAACUUCUGCUGCCGGCCCAGGGAUCCUUAUCACGGCGAAGGGGUACCCAGACAUCUGCACCCGUGCAUUCCUCCACUUAUUAUCCAGAACCCCAGGAUCAGUAUCAGGAGCAUUGCGCUCCAACCAACCUCCUAUUUUCAUGCUAGUUGACAGCGACCCAGACGGCAUUGCUAUCAUGUCUACUUAUAAAUACGGCUCGAGGGCGCAGGCACAUGACAAUCCCAACCUUACCGUUAAUAAAAUGCAGUGGCUUGGCCUUCAAUCCUCCGAAGUUGCUUCUAGAAUUGAAGUAUAUCAGCAGGAUGAUGACGUUCUAAUUCCCCUGACUUCGCGUGACCGGAAGAAGGCUCAGGACAUGUUGUCCCGAAGCCCUGUUUUCGCAGAGGAUGGGCCAGAGCCGGCCUGGAGAGGGGAACUGCAGCAUAUGCUCAUGUCAAAUGUGAAAGCGGAGAUUGAGAUAUUGUAUGAACGGGAGUGGGGUAUUGAGAGAUGGCUGGACAGGAAGUUGCAGACAUUGAUCAAGAGGGUGUUCUAAGCCGUUUCAGGGGAGCGCUGGCGAGAGAUACAAGGAAGAAGGCAACGGUGAUCGUAUAAAAAUCGCUGUAUAAGAACAAAACCAGUCCAUAAAAACUCCACGCCCAAUGAACUAAAACUAAUGAAUCUCUCAAUCAAAGCAAAUCAUGUAUCCACUAACCUAACCCCUACCCCGCUCGAAAACAAGACACAAAAACGCCGAUAACUCACAUUAUAUAAAAGAAAAACAACGCUCUAUGAACCCUUGCUCCUCCAAUUCCCCCCCCUCGUAUCCAAAACUCAAAGCCCUAAACUCCUCCUAACCUCACUACGCACCCUCUUCUCAUACUCGCUCCUCUGAUCCCGCCACAUCUUGGCCGCCUCGACAUUUGCCGGGCUCUCAUCAUUUGGCUCCGCAAGCAUACUCAUGACGGAAAUAAGAAUCUUCUCGACUGAUUGGAUGGGGCUCCAGCGCUCCGACGCAUGCUCGUAGUGGUUCGGGUCGUCCCCUGGCGGAUGCAGGAUGGAGAUGCACACGGUGCCGUUGGGGUAUACUACGUGUAAAGAGUACAAGGGAAAACAUAGUUAGUCGCUUGUAAUGUGCUAUACAUGAACAUGUAAUAAAUAUCCAGGGUGAUCACUACAGCGCGCGCCAUCAUCAUCCAAGCACAGAAGCACAGCCACCGGAUAUUAUAUAUAUUUCACAUACCAUUCGGAUGCCAAACCCCACCACCCAGAAACUUCAUCGUGGGCGGGCUGAGCGGGUAAUCCCUGGGGAACUUGAGUUCAGCAGCGAACACGCCGCCCUCAAAAGGUGUGCCCUCGGGACCCUGGAUCAGCGCCUCCCAGUGAAACAUGUCAUCUUCACUGACGGGCCCGGCUGUUAUGCCGUCUGGUGGGCUGGUGGAGAGGAGCUUGUAUUCGUGAAAAAGGCGCUUCUGGGCGACGGAGGUGGCCAUGAUUGUAUAGUUUUCGUAGUGUAAGUCGCUCUUUAGGCCCUGAGAAGGGGUUUUGCGGAUUGCGGGGGAAGUUUUUGGCGAUGUGUGAUGUGCUGAUAGUGAAAGUGGCGGCGGCUGGCGUUUUGGGGUAUUGUGGCGGACAUAUUACUUGCGAAAACAGAAUUUUCCCAGCCCCCUCUGAAAAUUAGUAGCAAAACACCACCAAAAAAUCAAAAUAUCUGCAUUUC